CAUAACUCUCCUAGGAUUAGGAUUAGGAACAUUCAUCUACGGAAAAUCUUCUCCUUCUCUCCCCUGCUUCUCUUUCUCCUCACUGCUCACUCCUAUAAUUUUCAAGUCAAAAGAGGUAUUUGUGAAGAACCCUAAUACUUUGACCAAAGAUGGGGAGAGGGAAGAUUGCGAUUCGAAGGAUCGACAACUCCACUAGCAGGCAAGUAACUUUCUCAAAGAGAAGAAAUGGGUUGCUGAAGAAAGCUAGAGAAUUAUCGAUUCUAUGUGAUGCUGAAGUUGGAUUGAUGGUCUUCUCCAGCACUGGCAAGCUUUAUGACUAUGCAAGCACAAGCAUGAAAUCUGUUACUGAUCGCUACAACAAGGUAAAAGAGGAACAUCAUCACCUUAUGAAUCCUGCUUCAGAAGAGAAGUUUUGGCAGACAGAAGCAGCAAGCUUGAGGCAACAGCUUCAGUACUUACAAGAAUGCCACAGGCAAUUAAUGGGUGAAGAACUUUCGGGUUUGGGUAUUAAAGAACUACAAAAUCUGGAAAACCAACUGGAGAUGAGUUUAAAAGGUGUUCGCAUGAAAAAGGAUCAAAUUUUAACUAACGAGAUUAAAGAACUCCGCCAAAAGGGAAAUCUCAUUCAUCAAGAAAAUGUAGAACUCUAUCGAAAGAUGGACCAGAUCCAAAAAGAAAAUGCAGAGUUACAGAAGAAGGUUUAUGAAGCAAGGAGUACAAAUGAGGAAAAUGUGGCAUCGAAUCCUUCUUACAUGGUCAGAAAUGGAUAUGAUUUACAUGCACCUAUCAGUCUCCAGCUAAGUCAGCCACAGCCUCAAUACAGUGAGCCAUCAGCCAAAGCAAUGAAACUUGGAUUGCAGCUGCAUUAGCAAAAACUGUUCAGUAUCGGGGAGGGUUAUCAUUUUGUGACAAGCAGCCAAAAACUUCUACAAAUGAUCAAGCUUCUAUGAGUUGGAUCUUGUAGUUCACCAACCACAUUUGUUCCAUUCAACAGUACAAAGCACUUAUGGUAUGAGAUUAUCCAUUUAGAAGCAUACAAUUACUGUUAAGGAUCAAACAUAAUGACUGCCUUUGUAAAUUUUAUGGAAUAAAAAUAACAACUAUUGAGCCUGGUGUUGUUUUAUAUAAAUUCUAAAUACAUAUGUUGUGAUCAGUUAAAUCAAAUUCAGAACACAACCACUUGUGCCUAUAACUUUAAUAAGUAAUCCACAACAUAUUCAAAAUUAUGUAGAUCAUACUGUCACAGAAAUUAUAGUUUUCCUCUCAAGUAAAUGAGUGAUAAGCAUGACUUAUGACCCUUCAAAAUGAAUU